AUGGAAUUAGACAUUAAACAACAAAAAAUCGACAAACUUAUAGAGUACGCAGUUAAUUUACCAGACUUAAUUCUAACAACAUUUAUAGACAUAAUCAAAAAACUUGCACAAACACAAUUAUAUCAACCUCUUAAAAUUCGUUCUGCAGCACGUAAAAUACCCACGAUCACUAAUAAGCAAUUAAAGUUAGCCAUCCAAGAUCGACUUAUGACAAAUAAGAAACAGUAUAAUUCUAAAACUGUUUUAAUGGCUACACAAAUUUGCGAAAUUGGUCAAAUGUCUUAUCGAUCUGCCGUAACUUGCACGAAAAAAGUAAUUGAGUGGCUAAUAGAUGAAGAGCCGGAUAAAUGA